GGGGACUAUAUAUGGAUGGAAAAAAUGUGUAAGACAAUGAUUCAAGUGGAAGAUGUAAACUGCUUCUCUGUUGACUGGGGCGGAGGAUCUCGUACUUUUUACUCACAAGCAGUAGCCAAUAUCCGAGUUGUUGGAGCAGAGGUGGCCGCUUUUAUUAACACUCUUGAAAAUAUUUUUAGCCACCCUCUUUCAAUGGUUCACUUGACUGGGCACAGCCUGGGAGCGCACGCAGCUGGUGAGGUUGGAAAAAGAAAGCCUGGAAUUAGGAUAAUAAGCGGUUUGGAUCCAGCUGGACCAUUAUUUGAAGGAACACCCGCUGAAGUCAGACUUGAUUUAACCGAUGCUGUCUUGGUGCAAGUGAUUCACACAAAUGCAGCUGAUUUUAUUCCUUAUUUAGGUUUAGGAAUAAAACAGUCAAGUGGACAUCUCGACUUCUAUCUGAAUGGGGGGGAAUUUAUGCCAGGAUGCCCAGAAGUCAUAAUCAACUUAAGUCUAGACUUUGACAAAGUUUUUGAAGGACUUGUAGAAACUGCCGCAUGCCAUCAUUCACGGAGCAGAAGAUACUAUACCGAUAGUAUUCUGCAUCCUGAUGGAUACAUUGGUUUCCCCAGCCCCUCCUACAGUGAAUUUCAGAAAGGCACUGCUUUCCCAUGUCCCACUGGUGGUUGCCCUCUCAUGGGGCACUAUGUUGAUACCUAUGCUGGGAUCACAUCAAACAGUCAGUCUUUUUACUUGAAUACUGGAGAAACAGAAAGCUAUGCACGCUGGAGAUACAAAGUGUCUAUCAAGAUUACUGGCUCAUCAAGCUUAACAGCAUAUUUCACUGUUGCUCUAUAUGGGACAAAAGGAAACACUCGGCAAUAUGAAAUUUACAAUGGAUACAUUAAAACAGGCAGCACUUACACAGCAUUUAUUGAUGUGGAAACUAAUGUUGGGGACCUCACUAAAGUGAAAUUUCUUUGGAACAACAAUAUCAUAGACAUUCUGUUAACUCAACUGGGGGCGAAAACUAUAACCGUGCAAAAAGGGAAGGAUGGAAAAACGGGUAGAUUCUGCGGAAGUGAUACAAUAAGAGAAGAUAUUCUUCAAACUCUUAACCCUUGUUAAAUAUUCAGCAGAAUAACCACAUAUUUUUGGAAUGAAAAAAGAACUGUGCACAUUUUCUUUGUACCUUGUUUUACUAAUAACUACUCAUGUUCUGGAAAGUGUAACUUAGAUUGUUUCUUAACUGCAUUUAGAUGGAGAUUUCAUAAAGAAGAUACUCACAAAGGAUUUUAUCUUUGAAAUGCUAUGAUUUACGCAACAGUAAACUCUGAUUUAAAUCA